AUGAAAACAACGAAAACAGGAAUCUUAAAACCGUUUUUAAAAUUAACUGACAAUGUUUUUAAAAAUGUAAAGUUUAUAUCAACUGUAAAUGUUACUGCUGAGGUAACUAAAGGAACUCGAACGCUGAAAUCAUGGGACGAAAUUCCUGGCCCGUCGACACUGCCAAUAUUAUCAUCAUUACACCACUUUCUCCCCGGAGGUUUUCUGCAUAAAUUAAGCGGAUAUGAGCUAAUGGACAAGCUGUACAAGACAUAUGGGCCCAUCGUAAAACUACCCGGUCUAUUUGGAUCGCAAACAAAUGUUAUAUUGUUUGACGCCGAAAGUGUUGCCAAUGUUCUUCGAAAUGAGAAUUUCUUGCCGAAGCGACCUGGUUUCGAAUCCCUAGAGCACUUUAGGAAGAUAUAUAAGAAAAAUAAUGGAGAAAUAACGCACGAAAUCACAGGAUUAGGAUCAGAUCACGGAGAGCAAUGGAAGACGUUGCGUUCAACUGUCAAUCCUAUAAUGAAUCAACCUAAGACAAUAAAGAUGUACGCAGACACAAUAGAUGAAGUAGCCCGAGAUAUGGUAGAAAGAAUAAGAUCAAUUCGAGAUGAAAGAGGCAUAUUAAGUAGUGAUUUUAGCGAAGAAAUGAAACUGUGGUCUAUGGAGUCGAUUGCGGUGGUGGCUCUUGGCAGCCGCCUCAAUUGCUUUGAUCCCAAUCUACCAGCAGAUUCUCCUGUGAAAAAACUAAUUCAGAAUGCUCACGACUGCUUUGCUACGGUGGAUAAAUUAGAUGUCAGUCCAAAUCUUUGGAGAUGGUAUGCUACGCCAUUUUACAAGAAAGCUAUGAAAAUGUUUCAGGAGUUAGAAGAUUUGAAUAAGUAUUUUAUCCAAGAAGCAAUAAAAAGGUUAGAAAAAGAAAGAAAGACUGACAAGGAGAAAGGAAUAUUGGAGAAGUUACUUGAAAUCAACGAACACUUUGCACAUUUAAUGGCUAGUGAUAUGUUGUUUGCCGGAGCUGAUACGACGUCAAAUUCAGUAGUAUCAAUAUUGUACUUACUGGCAAAGAAUCCACAAAAGCAAAGGAAAUUGAGAGAAGAGUUGUUGUCAGGGUCAGAGAAGCAGUCAUACUUGAAGGCUUGUGUAAAAGAGGGGAUGAGAAUUAUGCCGGUGGCCUCAGGAAAUGUUAGGGAGACGACCAAGGAGUACAAUAUACUUGGUUAUCAUAUACCAAAACAGAAAAAAAUACUCUUUGCUCAUGAGUAUACAUCCAAGAUGGACUGUCACUAUCCAAGACCGAAUGAAUACAUUCCUGAGCGUUGGUUGGCGGAUAAGGAAGAUCCGUUAUAUUAUGGAAAUGCUCAUCCGUUUGCAUUUAGCCCGUUCGGAUUUGGCUCUCGGAGUUGUAUUGGACGUCGCAUUGCGGAGUUGGAGAUAGAGUCAAUAGUCGCUCGUGUUGUACAGAAUUUCGACAUCCAAUGGUUUGGUGAACCCAUGAAGCUGCAUCAUAGUACUUUGAAUUAUGUCAAAGGCCCGUUUAGUUUUAUUUUCAAAGAUGUUUAAUUUUGAUUAACUAUUGAACAUUAGUUCCCACACAUGUAUGUAUAUCGAAUUUACAAGCACUUUCAUUAUAAUCGAAUGGUCUUUGA